AUGCUGCCACCUGCCUGCCACAGGGAGGAAUUCGACCCAGAAUACACAGUUGAUGUAUUUAUCUACCAUGCUCCCUCUCCAGGUUUGUUCCUCACCCCUCUCCACCAUAUCUUCAUCACCACCACACCACCACCUGCAAAAUUUCUGUUUAUCGUUUCUGGCUCUCUCUCAGUCAUCACGGACAAAAGGUCAACUAAGACUUUGGUUCGAGGCAGCCUGGCUGGAAGCAUUCUGAGCACUCUGUGUGCUCUAGUGGGUUUCAUUCUCCUCUCUGUCACCCUGGCUGCUUUGACUCCUGCUUCACUGGAGUGUCAGUUGGACAACGAUAACAGGCCCACUCAAGCUUACCAUUAUUACUUUUUUUUUCAUUCAUAUAUGGACUGCUUUAUUGGUGAAAGCAGCCUGUUUGGAACGUUGUCUCUGAUGCUGGUUUGCACAGUGCUGGAGUUCUGCCUAGCUGUGCUCACUUCCGUGCUUUGGUGGAAACAAGCUAACUCUGACUUCCAGGAGGUUGUGCAUUUCCUGCCUCAGAAUUACACGGAUGCAUCCAGCACGCACUCAAGGAAAGGUGGCCGUGGAUAUCAAGAGCUAGGGAAUCCUUAGGAAAAAGGGCAGGGGUUGGGGGUGGAAUAUUCAUCAGAAAGUUGGUCUUUUGGAUAAUGUAGAAAACCUAAUAAUUAUUUAAAAGGCAUUUUCCUAAAUGUGAGCUUGUUAGGCAAUGAACAUUUUUAAAAAUUGUUCUCUUCUAAUUGCAUAGAUAUGUUGAAUGAGGGUCUAUUGAUUUGCCUGAUAUUGACUUCAACAAAAGCACAGAGCUAUAAAUUACCUUUUCCUAGACUGUUAAAAUAGUCAUAUAUGGUACUGAGAAAACUAGGCAGAAUGAAGAUGAUUCAGUGGGUCUUGGUGGUGCAAAGGAGACAUUUUUUCUUGUACCCCUUAAUUGUCAACAUGAGUUAACUGAGUUUUUGGGGUGUUCAGACUCCUUUAUAAUAGGCUAUAGUGUUUUAACACAUGUACUUUACUCAUUAGUAUAUGGAAACAAGUUCCCUAUGAUGAAUUUCAGGGUGUAUAAAAGUAGCUGGCUUCAAAAUAAAAAUAUUU